ACUUUUUCACUGCUGUACACAAAAUCCAGAUGCAACAUUUCAAGAUGAAGUCUUUGCUUCUGCUGGUGAUGCUGACAGCAUGUGCUGCUACUCCUCGAGAUCUGUCAGGGAAAAUGUUCACCUUCCCACAACAAAGCAACACAGCUCGUGUGAGGCUGAUUACAUCAAGACAGGAUUUCAGUGCUGUAACCGUCUGUCACAGGUCCUUCACAGACCUCAAAAGAGACCACAUCCUUUUCUCCAUGGCCACACCCUCUGCUGCCAAUGACUUCCUGAUUUACUGGGACCACACAAAUACGGAGAUUGAGCCCCAUAUUAGAGACAAAAAGGCAGAAUUUGGAGGGAGGGACUACAAACCGAACAUGUGGCACUCUAUUUGUUCCACAUGGGACUCUGAGUCUGGACUGGUGCAGGUGUGGUUUGAUGGACUACCUUCAAUUAGGAAAUUUGUCUCUGGAACAAACAUCACUGGACCCUCUAUAAUUCUGUUAGGACAGGAGCAGGACAGCCAUGGUGGGGGGUUUGACAUCAGGCAGUCGUUCGUUGGCAUGAUGUCUGAUGUCCACAUGUGGGACUACGUCCUUUCCCCCUGUGAGAUCCAGAAAUAUGUGGAUGACCUAAACUUCACUCCAGGGAAUGUGCUCAACUGGGGGGCCAUGGAGUUCCAGAUUAUAGACAGAGUACUGAUAGAAAAUAAACAAAUGACCUGUCAGUGACCUUUAAAAACAAUACUAUCAAUAUCUCUCAAAGUCAAAAAUCACAUUCUCUACUAUACUUUUAUGUCAAAUGUGAAGUGUAAGUUACCACUUUCAACAUUUUGUGUUAAAUCAUUUAUUAAAGGUUCAGAUUCUUUUUCAAGUCUAUAUUAAUACAAUAAGCACAUGAAAGAAUUAUUUUUAGUCACUCAUCAUUUUACCUUACCAUAAAGAGAUCUCCUCCUAACAUAACUGUGCUGUAAAAGAUGGAGGACAAAAUCGACAAUACUCUUUCUGUGCAAAAAUUCCAAAAUUCAGCCAAAGCUUCAGUAGUGCUCAGUACCCAAAUCUUUCUCUGUAAAGUCUCUCUAUGAAGGUAUCACUUUAUUGCCAGUUUUACCAAUAUUUACUGAGGUUAGCAACAGAGAAAAAAACAUUUUGGCAAUUAGAUUCCUUCACUGUGAAGCAUCUUCAUUAAGUGUGGGUCCAUAUGAAGAUAGGAGAGAGUGUGCACAAGUUAUUAUUAGCAUUACUGAACUUUUGCCAAAGCUUCAUUUUGGAGAGUAAGAAUGAUUAUAGCAACCUAUAACUCUUUUAAUGUAUACAUGUGAGUUGUAAUGGCUCAAGUAAACAAGGUGUGGACUCAAAUGCACAACUUACAGCCAGAACUUUUAAAGUGAAAGCUAAGGUUACUGUGUCGAAUACAGCGAUGAUUGUCAAUAAGUAGGCAGUCAAAAAUAACACAACUUAAAAAACAUACUUGGAUGCUACAGGCAGGGAACAAUGGCUGAAGGGGCAUAAAGUGGGGAGCUAAAG